CCUUGACCAGCUUUGGCGUUACUCCGAUGAAGAAAGCUCGCAGUUCAUGAAGUGGCCAUGAUAUAGCGUCUUCACCUGGUGAGUUCUCUGGCAGACACUGAUCUGUUUCCUUCUUAAAAGAAGAGUAAGAGAGUAAGAGAGAACUCAACUUUUUUAAACUCGUUGUCUUGAGUUCGUUUCAGUCGUAGGCCUUCCGCGUUUUGCUUAAAGCUGUAAACUGCAAAGCAGCAAGCGUUCACACAAUACGUAAAGGAAAAAUGAGUGACCAGAAGAAGAUAUAAUUGAGACCUCAAUUAAUAUGGGCAUAACAAAACAAAAUAAAGUCUACAUUACAUGCCAAGUCACUAUUCUUGUCAAUGACUUUUUAACAGAAUGGUGUUCUAAUGAACUUCAAAACAGCCGUGGAGACUACCCGUUUGGCAUCUUAUAGCACUUUGCAUUUGAGGAAGUCCUCCCUGCCAACAGAUAAGACUAGCUACCUUCCACAAUAACAAUACUUGCUAAAAGCUGAGAGGGUUGAUAUCGGACACUGCUUUCUUUGCACGCUAGCACAUUCUCCUCAGUUAUACAUUAGGAACCUUUAGUUGAAUCUGGGCCCAGUACUGUAAAGUCUGGUGCCCAACCAGAUGCAACCAAACUCAAUCAAAUACACUUCGAUUUGACUUAAGUUUCUUCUUCUCUUAAUUAAGUGGGAAAAAACAACCUGGCUUUACUACAUGGACAUGUGCUACAUUUAUAUUUCAGCUGUAAUGAGUAUAUCUGUGUUAUGUAGGUUUACAAUGAAUGACCCAUGAAGCUUUCUUUCACAAUGAAUUAAAGCUUGCGGACCUUAUGUAUAUGUUCAUGAAAGUUCUCUAAGAAAUGUUGAAUGAGAUAUUUCCCACUGGCAGCGGGGACUCUUCCUUCUAUCUCUUUCCUCUCUGUGAUACUUUCGCUUGAUUAGACUGAUUAGGAAACAAGGUCAGCCAACCACAGUUGUGGUCGAAGUCGCCCUAAGUAAUAUUUAAAUGAUCUGCAAAUGCAUCUCUACAUGUCAGAACACAGGCUAAACGAAACAUUAAAAAACACAACUUUUCUCUAAGAAUCCCUUCUUCUUCUAUAUUUGAAAGAAAGUUUCUUAGUAUGAGUGGUAUCGGAAAGAAAUGGUUAACUGCCGAGAAAUUAGAGGGUAUUUAAUUACAUAUCCAUGCAUUUUUUAUGCGAAUCAGACGACAGGAAGUCUUCAUUUUCCUAGAAUUGUUACUUAUUAAACGUUUUUUGUCGAAUGCACUAUGACCUAAAAAUUAUUCCUAGCAAAAGAACCAUCGGAUGACUGUUGGUUUUGUCUCCCUCUCUUCUGAUAGUUUUAUCUACAAUAGUAAAAUAUUGCCUUUAAUUUUGAAUACUGAAGUACUUUCAGCAAUAAUAAAAAAUUUAAAACGGAACAAGAGUUUUCUAGGAAAAGUCGAGUUUAAGAGAAAGUAAACCCGCCCCAGUUUGACAUCUGUCAUUCAGUUGCUCAGAUCAGACAAGCUAAAUACUUGGAAAGUGUUUUUGCCACGGCACACCUUGUUGAACUCUCCUCUGACGCUGGAAAGAAGUUUUAAUCCUGGUGAACCGAUCAAACAUGUCUGAUUUUGGCAAGGUAUGUAAUAUUUAGUCCGUGAAGUUUUCUGUUAGUGGCUUCAACUGGUUUUGGUUGCCGUGCUUUCUUAGUUAAUUCAGACACCGUUCUAUGCCACACAGGUGAUACUUUCAGUGGCAGUAGAAAACAAUCACCAGUUUGCCCGUCCAAAUAUUCUGUUAGUAACAAUUCCUUGUCCGAUAAAGAACUCCAUGUGCCACUACAGCGAGUGUUGGUUGAAAUGUCUGUAAACGAAGAGUUGUUUUACGCGUCACAGAAUCUUCGGUCAGGAAAGGCCGAAAUCAUUUUCAUUUGAGUUUGACUACGGAGAUUAAGUAUUCUUGGGGUCAUUUUAAAAGUCAGACUUCAGAGGAGCCGAAUUUAACAAGGAAGUUUUGACUAUUUUUUCUCUCUCUAUUUGGAGUAGAUUUGGCACAAGGGAAAUUCCAUGUUUGAAAACAGACCUUAAAUCUCCAAGUAUAAUUAGGGAGUCUUCAUUUUCUUGGAAUCGUAACAAAGUCAGAAGAUAUAAUAACUUAUCUCGUCCCUUCUGGAAAAGGAAAAAAGUUUUUUAAAAACAGGUUUUCUGUCUUCAGUCAUAAUUCAAGGACGACCGAGAGCUAUAUAAGUAACAAGAACGCGCUUACAGCGGUGUCACAGCGUUUUGGGCAUCCCCGCGUUUUGGGCAUCCCCAUUCCCAAAUCCCUAGCGUUUUCGGCAUCCCCUUCUCAUAUUACUGCAGCGAUUUGGGCAUCCACCGGUACCCUCCCGGGAUGCCCAAAUCGCUAGUGUUUUGGUCAUCCCCUCCAAAAAAAUGCUGGAUUUCGCGGGAAAAUCGAAAACGUUUUAGAGAUGGCUUCCGCUAAAUAUAGAAAUCUUUUCCAGUAUCUUAAAAAGAAGGCUUAUCCGGAAGGCUUUACAAAGCAAAAAAACGACUCUGCGAAAUUUGCCAAAAAGUUCGAGCAUGACUCAAAAUUAGAGUCCUUGUUCUAGGUGGCCAAGGAGAAGGAUGGCACAGCGCUUCGACGAAUUGUUCACCGAGGAAGAGAAAGCGAGGGUCUUCGAAGAGUGCCACUCUGCUCCUUUUCUGGACACGCCAGCCGCGAUAAUACUUUUGCACCCUGUGAAGGUUGUUCCCAAGGUGUGGUACUCGGUCGGAAUUGAUUUAAUAGAAGCCCCUACUACAUCUCAAAAAGGCAACAGAUUUCUUCUGUCCCGUAGGUGCAAGAGGCCUCUGUAUAAAUUGUGUGACAGCCUUUUGUGUGUCAAGUAGCGCUGCGGGGUUAAGUUGUUCAGGCCUCAAAUGUCAUGCAUACUAUGAAUUCAACACCGCAAAACGCAGUUUUAUUCAUGUUUGUCUUUUGAUUGCUUUGUUUAGUAUUCUUGUUUUUGGCUGUUUGGAAUCAGACGAUCGCAGCUGCCGGCGAUUGCGGCAUUUCUCGCUGGUAAACAGUUUUAUUAAAUAAAAUUGAAGCUUUGCAAACAAUGAAGCGUUGUACAGCGAAGGGAUGUUAUGCGGUUGUAAAUUUCAGUUACGUCCCGUUUUGAGCCAACNCCGGUACCCUCCCGGGAUGCCCAAAUCGCUAGUGUUUUGGUCAUCCCCUCCAAAAAAAUGCUGGAUUUCGCGGGAAAAUCGAAAACGUUUUAGAGAUGGCUUCCGCUAAAUAUAGAAAUCUUUUCCAGUAUCUUAAAAAGAAGGCUUAUCCGGAAGGCUUUACAAAGCAAAAAAACGACUCUGCGAAAUUUGCCAAAAAGUUCGAGCAUGACUCAAAAUUAGAGUCCUUGUUCUAGGUGGCCAAGGAGAAGGAUGGCACAGCGCUUCGACGAAUUGUUCACCGAGGAAGAGAAAGCGAGGGUCUUCGAAGAGUGCCACUCUGCUCCUUUUCUGGACACGCCAGCCGCGAUAAUACUUUUGCACCCUGUGAAGGUUGUUCCCAAGGUGUGGUACUCGGUCGGAAUUGAUUUAAUAGAAGCCCCUACUACAUCUCAAAAAGGCAACAGAUUUCUUCUGUCCCGUAGGUGCAAGAGGCCUCUGUAUAAAUUGUGUGACAGCCUUUUGUGUGUCAAGUAGCGCUGCGGGGUUAAGUUGUUCAGGCCUCAAAUGUCAUGCAUACUAUGAAUUCAACACCGCAAAACGCAGUUUUAUUCAUGUUUGUCUUUUGAUUGCUUUGUUUAGUAUUCUUGUUUUUGGCUGUUUGGAAUCAGACGAUCGCAGCUGCCGGCGAUUGCGGCAUUUCUCGCUGGUAAACAGUUUUAUUAAAUAAAAUUGAAGCUUUGCAAACAAUGAAGCGUUGUACAGCGAAGGGAUGUUAUGCGGUUGUAAAUUUCAGUUACGUCCCGUUUUGAGCCAACGUUUACUGCCUAUGGGUUUUUUUUCUGCGCAAUAAACCCGGCGAAAAGUGUCAGACGAUAUAAUUCUAACAUGCAUCUACACUAUUCAGCCGUAAAUUCGUGAUAAUCCCGACUUUUCCCCAGUCUGAAAUAAUUUAGGCAACGUCGAAGCGAUCAGCGUUUUGGGCAUCCCCCACCGGGGAUGCCCAAAACGCUAGGGAUUUGGGAAUGGGGAUGCCCAAAACGCGGGGAUGCCCAAAACGCUGUGACAGCGGCAUUCACCUCUCGCCUGCUUGGAGAUUAGAUCGAGAAAUGAGGAGGCGAUUAAUUCUACAAGCCAACAUGAUUUACUCGAUAAAGGUUUUUUUAAUAUUACACGGUUCAGUUACGCUGCGGUCAAGAUAUCUAAACAUGGAACUACCAUCCUCCAUGUGCCUGGAAAAGAAGUCUAUUUCGACUUAACAAUUCAUAUGGAUGUUCAAGCCAAUCCAGGACCUGCUACAUUACCAAAUUCUGGCCGUCAGACAGCGAAUUUUAUUCACAUUCCCUCUACGGAUAACUGUCCAAAACUCUAUUAUUCUCGCGACCAACUCAUGAGUUUCAGACCAAGCUGUUUUUCUACCAAGCGCUUAAAUCCACAGCUCAUCCGCAAACUGAAAUAUUUAAACAUCUUAAAGUACAGGGGGAAGUCUGGUGGUACGAGAGUAAAUAAGGAAGCUACCAAAAUACCAAUUAUUAUAAGGAAAGAUUUAUCUUACAACAUAAUCUUAACCGAAGAGCGAAUUUGCAUAAUCUACGAUCACUGAACCGUUGCUCGAACGUCAACAUUUGUGACCACAACGAACGAUCCUUUAUUCCGGUCACAGAAAGGUCAGGAUCUGGUCUCAAAGUCCUUCACUUAAACAUCCGUUCACUUCGAAAUAUCUCCCAUCGAUCUCAGCUUAGAGAAUUAAAUAGUCGCGAACAGUCUGAUAUCAUAACAAUCUCUGAAUCUUGGCUGAACACCACCAUCACAUCCACUGAGAUCCAACUUGACGGCUACAAACUAUUUCGUUUGGAUCGCCUACAUAAAGGAGGAGGUGGAGUAUGUGCUUACGUACGCAGUGAGCUUAAACAGCUAAAAAAAAACAUUAAAUUAACUGCAAAAACCGUGGACGAAGAUCCUGCUAGUUGUAAACGUUGGAUCUCUAGAAAAGAGAUCUAAUCAGGCAAAAUCAAGAGACUAUAAAGGGGACAGAGAGGACAUCGCCCAUACACACCCUAUUCCAUAGGUAAUUCGUCUCGAGUUAUUUUUAGAAUCGGGAUAAAGUUACCUCGCGCGAGGUGUGGAUGUUUCGUGGAGGUUUCGCAUGACCAAACGCCGUGCAAAACAUGUCGGGCAAGAGGCAAUGACAGCAUAAAAAGAUCGAGAGCAUUCCUGAAUAUUGAAGCGAAAUGAGUCGGCGCUCACCUGGGAAAAAGGAAUCGCUGGACUCUUUGACAACCCGUGAAAUCAGUUUAACUCGAAGUUGUCGUAACCUCAGUGUUUUAAUAAAAUGAGAAAUUUCUCCGGUCUAUUGAAACCGGUCGUUUGUACAAUUUAGGGAUUUUAAGAUCCAACGACGCGGACGACAACUAGAACGUCAAAAAAACAAUAGGUUUAAUUAGCAAAACAACAACUUCGCACGUGCAACACACUUUUUUGUUCAUUUCUUUCCCGUUUUUGCACGACUACGACGUGAAAAUGCCUAAUUUCGCGUUUUAUGGAGGACGUAAAUAAGCAACGACGAAAUUUUAUUUCUCUUUCUGAGCUUGAAUAUGGUCCCUUGAAAUUCAGCUUUAGGAGGGUUCGCCUACAAUUGACAAAGUAAGUGGGUAGGAAUAAUCGCUAUAAAGACUGAAAAAAAUAAACAUCAAACCAGAAAUUGCUCUCUUCAAACUGUAAAUUAUAAAUGAUCCUGAGAGAAUAUUCAGUGUGUUAAGGAUUUCCCUGCUCUACUGUUAGCUCUAUACAAGAGAGGAAGGGCGAUUCUUUUUUAAUUUCGGUUUCGCUGACACAGCUUUCGCUGAAAUCUCGCUGUAGUCGUUUUCGUCGACAAAAGGAAUAGCAAAAUCGCUCUCCGCGUCUUCCCCCAUUUUGUUCUGCGUCAUUUCGUGAAGGACGCGUGGCUCUCAGCGUUGGUCAUCCACGCGGAACACAUUCGCGCUAUGUGAUUGGCUGUUGUCUAAUCCCCCUUGAGAUCUGUGGUGUUAAAAAUAACUCGAGACGAAUUACCUAUGGAAUAGGGUGUAUAUGGGGGAUGCCCUCUCUGUCCCCUUUAUAGUCUCUUGGGCAAAAUAUAAAGAACCAAGAACGAGAAGUCCAAAGACUACUGCAAAGCUGAUUUAAAACAACGUGUAUUGUUUUUUAUAACAAUAUUUCGGCUGGCCAUACCAGCCUUCUUCAGGUACCUUUGGCGCGGCAUAUACCUAUAUAGCCCAUAUAAUGGACUACCCCCGAGGCGAAAAACGCGUUGCAGAUUAUGAGUCUCGCUGCUUACGCAGGCGAGACUUAUAAAUCGAGAAAAGAAACUGCUUUGAUACGUGAUUCAUGCAGUCCGAGAUAACGAAAUUCAGUCAAUAGAUCAGUCUUUCGCGUGGCAUAUUCAUUUCGGGUCACGUGAUCCACGCAAGCUCGUCUGGUCUCGGAUACGUCAGCGAAAAAUGCGUUGAGAUGCCUUACAGCCGAAUGCCAAAGGAAACAUAUGUACCGGAAGCUUUUUACAGUUUUCUAAAAAAAGUUUCAUUCCAUGUUUUCAGGUAGUGACAGUAGCCUGUCGUGGGGUGGGUCCUUUCGAUUUCUAUGCGUUUUUUAAAGGACAAGUUCGCUUGAAUAUGGCACUUUUUUUAGUAUCAAGGUUACCUACAGAGUUUGCCGCCAUGCCCUAAAAUUCUCUUGCUGUAUAUUGAUUAGGGGGCUUUUCCAGAGCAGAAUUCCUUGAAAAAAACUUCCUUUCAAUUAGUUCUCCAACCUUAAGACGAUAAUUAGUCAAGACAGGUUCUUUAAUAGCUCAGAGUUCGGUGAGGUUUCUUGUGAAACGUUGUAGCGUUUGCGAUGUUUUGAAAAGGGCAUUGCAUUGGAAUUAUAACAAAACAUUGACAAGGAUCUAACUGAAUGAGCAAUGAUAACAUGGAUAAUGAUAACAUGGAUAAUGACUUGUGUCAAAGAUAGAGCAAUAAUAAUGUAACAACAACUCCCCGAUCCCUUACUCUCAGAAGUAUCACUAAACUAUUUAUCGCGUUAAGGCUGGUGGGGCCAAGGAAAUAAAUGAAAAGAAUAAAUCAAAUUAGUAUAAGCUUAUAAGGUCGAUAAUCCCAACUGAACGGAGACAGACCAGUUGGCUAUUUAGAAGCGUGGUCGAGGAUGUGAUCUUGGGACUACAGUGAAGAAAUCCAAGUGGCAGUCAGGGUGGCUGACGUGGUCUUACUUCUUAUGAAAAUUGCCUUAAUGCACCAUGAUGAAGCGUGAAAUUCUCCUGAAACAUCGCUGUUUCAAAUUUGUCUCGGUGUUCAAAACUGCAAUCAAGAGUGACUUUUGUCUACUACUAUCAGGAAAUUACGUAUUUAAGUGCUACAAAAUAGCUCUCUUAUAAUAAUAAUAAUAAUAAUAAUAAUAAUAAGAGAAAAGAAUCUUUAUUACAAAACCUCCAUUAAAAUCCCAUUUACAAUCAAAUGAUAUAAUAAUAAUAAUAAUAAUAAUAAUAAUAAUUUAUGAACUUAUUGUGCGCAGCUUAACAUGAGAAUGAUCAGCUGCGCAUUACAACUACUUUACUUAAAAGAAACAAAUAAAAGAUAAUGCAUUAAAAAAAAAUAAAAAAUAAAAUAAAAUAACAUAAAAUAAAUAAAAAAUAAAAAGAAUAUAUAUGCAUGCAAGUAAGAAGUGAAUAUAAAAUUGCUCACCAAUAUAAAGUUUUAAAAAGAUAAGUCUUAAUAUGCGCCUUAAAACUGUUCACAUUAGUAAUCGCACGAAGUUCUUUUGGAAGAGAGUUCCAGAGCCUUGGCGCUGCUACCAUAAAAGCUCUGUCACCUAACGUCUUCGAUCGAGCAGCUAGCAUAGAAAGUAAAAUACUAUCUGAAGAUCUAAGGUUAUAUAAGGACGAUUUAAAUGUUAGUAAAUCGCAUAGAUAUUUAGGAGCAAGGCCGUGAAUUGCUUUGAACGUAAUAAGCAGUAUCUUAAAUUCUAUCCGGGCUUUAACAGGAAGCCAAUGCAGACCACGAAGAAGGGAUGAGAUGUGGCAAAACCUAGGGGCAUUACAAACUAGUAUAGUUUAGCCUUCGUUUAGCCUUUUUUAUAUUUUCGGUUGCCCUGAUUCUACAGUCAGUUGUUCACUAAAUAAGGUAAUUCUUUCUACACUGUAUCACCGCAGAUUUUGCUUCCAAAGGCAGUUGAAGGCAACCACCAGCUGGCUGAGAAACUUCCGAGAGAUAAUUAUAAAGGUACGAAAAAAAACUAUCUUGAGAGGCUAAGUAAACACACUACUGGAGCAAAUAAAGAGAGGGGGUGGCUCUUUUUUCAUAUCUGACUUUUUAAUUAAUGUAUUUCCAAAUCAAAUGCUGUCAGGUCUGUUAUGCACUGUGACAAAUUUUAAUUGUGUUAAAAAACACAAGGGCCUCAAAAUAACCACGGGUAUCUGCCAUGAGGAAAAUUUUGUCAUGAGUCUCUUCCGACCACACUGAGAAGUCCGGGGAGCUGCUACAUUACUACCUUGGCUUGAUUGUGAAUGGUCUGGGGCAUUUAAAUGGGUCUUAAGAAAUAACCGAAUUAGGCGGGAACGAAGUACAUAGUACCACAUACCCAGUCAGUUUUCGGAAGGGCAUAAAACGUCUGUUUAAUCGUGUCUAACUAAGAAGACUGCUGCAACAGAUUAAGGGGGACGUUAAGUUUUAUCUUAUCUUCGUUUUUGCUUUUCAGCCAUGCUGUCAUGCGGAGCUGAACUGCGCACAUUGCCUGCUGCCUUCUCAUUAGUGGAAACUAUGAAGGAGCCAGGCAAUCAGAUGGCAACAGGAACCUGUACUUACACCUGUGGGAUGGCCCCGGUUUCCUUGGGAGAUAAUGACUCGGACGCUUAAGCCUCGGCAAUAAAACCUGCAGUUUAUAGAUUCGUAUUACGCUUUAAAAGCCAAACGCUGAUUGAGACGCGGUUUGAAUGCAUUUUUUUAGUUUGCUGUUCCCAUGGCCCAUAAUCUGUCAUCAACGAUGAUUCAACGAUGCAAAAACAUGAUAUUUAGCCAUUGCCCAUAGAUAAAAAGGGUGUGAAAACCUUAGUAAUGCAUUAAAACAAAAGAAAAUUGUCAUUACCGCUUGGCGCCUGCACGUUUUUCUGCUACAGUUAGCUAUUAAGCAAGCCAACUUGAAAUAAAGGCAAUAAAGUUCUGCUGC